AUGAGUGUCACAAGCCGGGUCGAGAAGGUGGAGGACCCAAAACUUCUCCAACAGCCCUACUUUCACGGCCUUCUACCACGCCAUGACAUAAUACUGUUGCUGCAACGGGCUGGCGACUACCUCGUACGUACAACGGAACCGACAGCCGGCAAACAUCGAGCUUAUGUCAUCUCCAUCAUGGUGGAUCCGACCAAAAAGAAGAAUGGAGUAAGGGGAUUUCUUUUGACUUUUUUGACAUUUAAAAAAGAUUUUCAAAAAGGACUAGGCUAGGGUAUGGCUAAAAGGUAUUGUUUUAAGAAUGGGCGUAUCUAGAAAAAAAUUUGAGCCUUGGGGUAGAUAUCAAAUUUUUUUUUAUUAUAGGUAUUUAUAUUCUUAUAUUUUAAAAUUAGGAUAAAAUUAUGACGUAUUUUACCUUAUUUUUAACUUUUCCAACAACGAAAUGUCAAAAAUUUAAGACAAAAUGUCAAAAAUUCUAAAAAAAAUAAUUUUUCGCCAUUUCUCGAUAUUGUUUUACAAGGAAAGUAGCCAACCUUCCCCGCUUAGAAACAGCACAAAAUUUUUAUAUGAAUUCUUUGUACCACUAAUAUUACCCAUAAAAAAGUUUAGCUAGCGCUUUUGAGUUUUAAAAUUUAAAUAUUUGAGUUUUCCGCCCAUUUGACAAAUUUGGCAUUGUGUUUUAAGCAAUUUUUUCGACUUUCAGACAUGAUACGUUUACAAAUUUGAAAAGGUAGGUACAUCAAAAGGUUUUCUACUACUAUAUCAAAGAAAAAUGAUUAAAAGUCAAAAAAUGGAAAAGUUAUAAAGUUGAAACACAAUGCCAAUUUGGUCGGAAAUUCAAAACGUCAUUUUUUGAUCUUGAUUUUCGUGAGAUUGACUGGAAAAGGAGAUUAUGAAUAAUAUUUUCAGAUCAAACACUACCUGUUGAGUUGCAAACGCGGCCAGUUCUACAUUGACAAUCCAGACAAGGGCUUCCCGUCCGUGGUCGAUAUUAUCCAUCAUUACGCGUCUAACAAGGAGACCAUUUCAAUUGUAAGUUUUAUUUUAAAAGGUGUUAUGAUAUUUAAAGAAUGCCCUUUCAAUUGUUUUUCAAUAGCCAAUGGUAAUAUACGGAAAAAUACGUUUUUGAAAGGAAACGUUUCAUCGUAUAAAAUAUGACUGCAGCCUGCAGAGUCUUAUUUUUGCUGGAAACACUGUUUGUAGAGUAAAAUACGACGAGGCGGUUCAAAUGUUAUAAAUUUUAAUUUUUUGAAAUUGAAAAAUUAAAAAAUUAUAUUUUUUUAAAAUUUAAAAAUUUUAUUUUGAUACCUAAAAUUUCAGCAAAACCCAAACAGUUUCCUGAAGACGCCGAUCCUCCGCCAAGGCUGGGAAUUGCAACAUGAACAUAUUGUAAUAACCAAAAAGUUGGGCGAAGGCGCGUUCGGCGAGGUCUCGCUAGGGAAAUGGUCGAAUCCAAGCACCAAGGAAGAGGUACCAGUCGCCAUAAAGCAGGCCAAACUCGAAGCCUUGACCAAAGAUCAGAUCAAGGAGAUCAUGACAGAAGCCCGCUUCAUGCGCAUGUUCGAUCACCCCAACAUGACUCGACUGCACGGUGUAGCCGCCCUUCAAGAGCCUCUGAUGCUCGUCAUGGAGUUUUGUAAUCACGGUGCACUGGAUUCGUAUCUUCAGAAGAACACAUCGCUGAGUAUGAAGGAAAAGACGGUCAUGGUGGUACAGGCGGCGUUUGGGCUGGAGUAUAUGCAUGGUUUGAAUCUGAUUCAUCGAGAUGUGGCGGCUAGGAAUUGUUUGUAUGGGGAUGAUAAGGUAGGCGGAGAUUUGUGAUAUUGAGGUAGAUUUUGACGAGUUUGAAGCUUAUGUUAUGUUAAUACUGAUGAUAUUGGACCUUAUGUUAAGUUAAGACUGAUGAUUUUGGAUUUAAAAACCUGAUUUCAGAUCAAAAUUGCUGAUUUUGGUCUGACCCGCGAAGGCCCAAUGUUUAAAAUGUCCAUGGACAAAAAGGUACCAAUCCGCUGGCUAGCCCCAGAAACCCUAAAAGGCGGAAUUUAUUAUUACAAGUCGGAUGUCUGGUCUUAUGGUAAGCUGUGCACCUAAUUUGAACAAAAUUUGAAACAAAUUUUUUUUGAAAAUUUAAAAAAUUCUUAUUAUGUUGUUCAAAUAAUUCUGCGCCCUCUUUCAAAGAAAAUUUUUGGACUUAGAGGGCUCAGAUUUAUUUGAACAACGUUGAUUUGGAAGGGGGCUCAGAAUGUUUUUGACAAAUUUGAUUUUAGAGGGGGUUCAGAAUUAUUUGAACAACCUAAAUAGUAAAAUACCAUGAAAUUUUACCAUGAAAACAUAUAAAAUGCCUUUGUUAUUAAAACUUUUAUUUCAGGAAUAUUGUGCUGGGAAGUGUACCACAAUGGCUCCGACCCCUAUCCAGGAAUGACGAUCGCCGAAGUUAAUCGGGCCGUUCGUCAAGGCUAUCGAAUGGAGUUUAAGGACGCACCGUCGGACAUUGUCGCCAUGAUCAAGAAACAUUGUUGGGUGGAGUUUGAAGACAAGAGAUGGAACAUGAGCGACGUGGUCAGCUUUUUGCAGGUAUGAACUUUGAAAAUUGGUUUUAGAUGGCAAAUUGCAAAAAAUAGUUUUUUAGGUAACAAAAUUGAAAAAAUAUUGAUUUUUAGGUAGCAAAAUUCAAAGAAAUUUGAUGUUUAGGUAACAUAAUUUCUAAAAAUUGGCUUUUAGGUAACAAAAUUAAAAAAAUUUGAUUUUUAGGUAACAAAAUCGAGCUUUUUUCUAAUUUUAGACAACAAAAUUGAAAUUUUUCGAAUUUUAGGAAAGCUCCCCCCACGCCCAGCCGAAGCCAGAUGCCAAAGGCCAGAAAAUUAUCUUCAAGAACUCAAAUCCGAACAAGCAGUCCUUGAUGAACACCCCCACCGUCUACAAUGACAACGCCACCACCGUGAGCAAGCUGCCAACGGCCGACGACGACGACAAUGGCACCAAGGCAAAGGGCAGCAAGAAAAAGAAGGAAAAAGUGGAUAAAAAGGCUCAAUAA